AUGUUCCCCGACGGCCCUUUGCCUGACAUCCACACCAGGCAAGCCAGCACUUUCCUCGUCCGCUCGCGCUUGCCGCGCCGCAUUGCGCCCGACUAUGCCGCCGCGAACUGCACGCCUAGACCCCCGCGACGCCUAUUGCUCACGGAACCUGCCGCCCCCUCACCUCCCCCACCACGCGAUGCGCCUCGCUCGUCGCGCGAGCUGCUGUACCCCCCCCUCGGCCUCGCACCGUUUGCCUACUCCCGCUCGCAGGUGAUGAAAGAAGGGAUCUUGGAACAGCUCAAAAAAGUGGGGAAGCUCUGCCUGGUCUCUGAAGAUGCCGACGAAUGCUCCGCGAUCCGGAAUCCAAUCUGGGACAACGAGGUCUUCAGCACCAGCUACAAGGGCAACAAGAUCCUAUCGGUGCAUGCUAACGUGGAGCUCAACGCGUGCAUGGAGGUGAAGACUAUGACGAUCCAGUGCGACGCAUUGGCCGAUUUUGUUGAGGAAACGGCCAAAGACUGGCUCGGAAGGAAGGUGACGGAUAAAGUCGUUGGCUGGGUUGACGACUUGGAGAAAGAUGUGAAGGACCUGUUUUUCCGGCGCCGUCUUGCGGCAAAUGGCGACGGCCGUACGGUCAUCGAGCAGAUUGCGGAGGCCGCCUUGAAGGAGGUCAGCGGCGAGGGCCACCGCCGUCUCCACGAAGCGCGCGCGAAUCCCGACCACCGCGGCUCCAUCGAGGUGCAAGCGUACCAGCGGGGCGUGGAGAUGAUUCAGCAGAGACUGGCGGAUGCCUUUAUUGCGCGCUACCAGGGAAGGGGCCGCCGCACUGAGCUACUAACUGAGGAGCAGAAACAAAAGUAUGAGGCAACGAAGAAGGACAUCGACUUUGGCGAGCUCGAGAUAGAGUAUUCACUCGAGGCGGUGGCGACGGUGACGGCACACGCGGAAACGGAAGUCGACGAGCAGCGAUCUGUGGAUCUGCUUGAGCUCUUGCUGGGGAAGAAGGCACAGUUCAGCCAGUCGGGGCGCUUCACUCCGGUGCCGUUGCUCUUUGCCGUUGGCUUCUCCGCGGGGGUCGAGAUGGGCCUGCCACUGGAGAUGAAAGCGUCUUUUGCGGGUAAGGCGACGAUCACUGGCACCGUGGGCUAUGUGCGGACGUGGACGCUCACAAUGAGCAGCAGCGGUAUGUCAAAGCGCCUCACCAACAUAGGGGAGGACGAUGGUGUCACGAUCAAACACACUGGAGAGGUUGCGGCCUCUCUCUCUGUCAGCAUCGGCGCCUACGUUGACGUCAACCUGCGCUUUGAUGUGUACAUCGCCACCGUCGUCAAUCUCUACGCGGAAGCAAGCGCCAACUGGAGGGCCACGGCGGGCGGUGACCUGGCCGCCUGCGCAUUCGAUAACACAAAGGCCAGCACGAAACGCAUGUGCGAAAGCCUGACCCCGCAGCUGGCACCGUCAGACAAGGUCGAGUACAAUUCCGCGUCGACCGAGGUGCCAGAUGGACAGCGAGAAGGUUUAUACGCUCAGGUCGGCGUGUGGGUGUACGUGCCGUACCCGAAGGUGAACGUCAAUGCUGGGAUUGCCUUCCCGGGGAGCGACCAAGCCGAGAAGUGCCUGGGUCUCACGCUCGGCGUGCAGUGGCAUAAGAACUGGACUGGCAGCAUGGUCAAUCUCACGGCGUCGAAGACGUUCAACGUACUCGGCAGGGAUGCCGAACCGAACAGGCUCCCAAUUCCCCCACCCUCUCCGCCGCCACAGUGCACCUCCGCUAAACCCUAUGUCGGGGCAUUCACCAGCAGUUCCGACGGUUGCGACAAGGACCUGCCAACAGAUUGGUACCGAGCCCCCUCCGGCUACAGCAUGAUUCCAACCUCCGCCCCGGCGAAGUCGACAUGCGGCACCUCAGCUACCGGCUGGCUCACAUACACUGACGGCAGCACCUUCACAUACCCGACCGCGUUCGGCCAAACAUUCUCGGGCGUCAGGGCUUGCUUCCACUGGUCGGACAGCGGCAGGGAUUUGCCCUGUCAGUGGCAUUCCGACGGCCUGGAGGUCACAAACUGCGGAAGCUACCACGUCUUCUACCUCCAGCCCGCGACGACAUGUGACCUGGGCUACUGCUGGGCAAAUCCCCUAGCCUCCAUAGCUAGGGCAAUGCUAAGAUGA